CUGUGGCUGUCUGACGUGGCAGUGCUCGCUCCCCUGCCUGCUCCGUGACACGCCGGCUCCGCUGCAACUUCAGGGAAAGUCGAACCGUGGGACGCUGGCACGUGCCUGGACCGGGCAGAGAGCAGAUCAUCUGAAAUCAACAAGCUGCUAAUGAAAGUGUCAUCAGAAUGAGUCAACAAGGCUAUAUUGCAUCUCCACCUUACUCUCAACCUCAGCCGGGGCUUGGACGGUAUCCCCCUGGAUUUGGGACACCAGCACCAGCAAUGUCUCCUAACUAUGGACACUAUGGUGGCUCAAGUCCUAGUGGUCCUCCAACCCAGCCAACAGCAUUAAAGUCUUCUAUGCCCUUUGGAGCACCACCACCACUCAACUCUCCACCUCCCUCUCAAAAUAAUUUGCAGAAUGGUGCAAACUUCCCUGGAAACAUAAUGCAAAGGAUGCCAGGAACUCCACCAGGGCUACCACCCAGCAGUAAUGCACCUCCCUCCUAUCCACCACACAGUCAUUCUGCACUCCACACAAAUAAUGCUCCACCUCCUCCUGUCCAUCAAUUGACCAACCAGCUCAGCAACAUGCAAAUAGGUCAUCAUGGACCCAGUCAUCCUCAAAUGCCACCUCCGCCAGGAAUGCCAGCACCUUAUUCUAAUCAAACUCAUACCAUUGCUUCUGGUCCUCUUCGUCCUCCAGGACCUACCAACACCUUUAAUGGUUUACCUUCAGAUCCACUUUUACCUCCAACAAGCAUGCAAGAUGGAAUUACUGCACAUCAAAAUUUCCAGUCACAACUACAGGGACAGUCCCCAAAUCCUGGAUAUACUCUACAAAAUUCAAGCAACUAUGGUGCACAGUUACCCGGACCUCCAAUGGCAUACCCUGGUGGAUUUCCUGGAAAUCAGCAACAAAUGUCUGGCCCACCUCAAAAGAAAUUGGACCCAGACUCCAUCCCCAGUCCUAUACAAGUGAUUGAGAAUGAUAAAGUCAACCGAGCCGGCCAGCUGUACACGACUAACAUCAGAGGACAAGUGCCACCCCUUGUCACCACUGAAUGUACAGUUCAAGAUCAAGGUAAUGCAAGCCCGCGUUUCAUUAGAUGCACAACAUAUUGCUUUCCUACAACCUCUGAUAUGGCAAAACAGUCUCAGAUUCCGCUUGCUGCUGUCAUCAAACCUUUAGCUGUGGUUCCCCAGAAUGAGACACCUAUUUAUCUUGUGAAUCAUGGAGAGACUGGACCAAUCCGAUGUAAUCGGUGUAAAGCUUACAUGUGCCCAUUCAUGCUGUUUACUGAAGGUGGAAGAAGGUAUCAAUGUGGAUUUUGCAACUGUGUCAAUGAGGUUCCUCCAUUUUACUUUCAACAUCUGGACCAUAUUGGCAGGAGAGUUGACCACUAUGAGAGGCCGGAAUUAUCUCUUGGAUCUUAUGAAUAUGUUGCUACACUGGAUUACUGCAGAAAAAAUAAACCACCAAAUCCCCCUGCCUACAUCUUCAUGAUAGAUGUUUCUUACAGCAACAUUAAAAAUGGUGUGGUCCGACUGAUUUGUGAGGAACUCAAGACCCUGUUGGAAAGACUUCCAAGGGAGGAACAAGCUGAAUCUUCUACUAUCCGUGUUGGGUUUGUCACUUACAACAAAGUUCUGCACUUCUACAAUGUGAACAGCAAUCUGGCCCAGCCACAAAUGAUGGUGGUCACUGACAUGGCUGAAGUCUUCCUUCCUCUGCUUGAUGGGUUUCUUGUCAACUAUAAUGAAUCAAGAUCAGUGAUACACAAUUUGCUGGGUCAGAUUCCAGAUAUGUUUGCAGACACCAAUGAAAGUGAGACUGUGUUUGCCCCAGUUAUCCAGGCCGGCAUGGAGGCUUUGAAGGCUGCUGAAUGUGCAGGAAAGCUUUUCAUCUUCCACUCAUCUCUGCCAACCGCAGAAGCUCCAGGAAAACUGAAGAACAGAGAUGACAGGAAAGUGGUCAAUACAGAUAAGGAAAAGACACUCUUCUUACCGCAGUCUAAUGUUUAUGAACAUUUGGCCAAGGAUUGUGUGGCCACUGGAUGCUGUGUCGAUCUCUUCCUUUUCCCCAACCAAUAUGCUGAUUUGGCUUCCAUGGGUGUUGUCACUAUGCUUACAGGAGGGACUCUCUACAAGUACAAUAAUUUUCAGGUACACACAGAUGGCCAGCAAUUUAUCACUGACCUCAAAAAGGAUAUUGAGAAACAAAUUGGAUUUGAUGCUAUCAUGAGGGUUCGCACAAGCACAGGGUUUAGAGCAACAGAAUUCUUUGGUGCAGUUUUCAUGAAUAACACAACAGAUAUAGAAAUGGCAGCGGUGGACUGUGACAAAGCAGUGACAGUGGAGUUUAAACAUGAUGACAAACUCAGCGAGGACACAGGAGCAUUAAUUCAGUGUGCUCUAUUAUACACAACCACAAGUGGCCAAAGACGCCUGCUUAUCCAUAAUAUCAGCCUGAACUGCAGCUCUCAACUGGCCGAUCUCUACAAGAGCUGUGAGACAGAUGCCCUCAUAAAUUUCUUUGCAAAAUCAGCUUACAAGGCAAUCCUCCAUCAUCCUUUGAAGACAGUGCGUGAUGUGCUUGUCAGUCAGACUGCUCACAUGCUAGCCUGCUACAGAAAGAACUGCGCUACCCCUUCAGCUGUCAGUCAGCUCAUCCUACCCGACUCCAUGAAAGUGUUGCCUGUAUACAUGAACUGCCUGCUGAAGAAUGAAGUGCUAAUUGGUAGCCCCGAGGUGACCACGGACGAACGAGCAUUUCAAAGGCAGCUGGUUAUGUCCAUGGAUGUGGCCAGUUCUCAGCUGUUUUUCUAUCCACAGCUACUGCCAAUUCACACAAUGGAUACCAAGAGUGAUACAGUUCCAAGCGCAGUACGCUGCUCAGAGGAGCGUUUAUCAGAAGGAGGGAUAUUUCUAUUAGCUAAUGGUAUAUAUAUGUUCCUUUGGCUGGGAGUCAGUGCUCCUCCAGAAUUCAUCCAAGGAAUUUUCAAUGUACCUUCGUUUGCACACAUCACACCCGAAGCAACAUUACUCCCUCCAGUUGACAGCCUUCAUUCGAAGAAAUUGAAGUCAAUUAUUGAGAGCAUCCAGAGGAAUUGUUCACACUCCAUGAAGCUCGUCAUAGUGAAGCAGAAGGAUAAGGCCGAAAUGCCCUUUAGGCAGCUUCUCGUAGAAGACAAAGGUCUCCUAGGAGGAGCGUCAUACAUGGAUUUCCUUUGUUGUGUCCACAAAGAGAUCCGUCAGCUUCUCACCUAACUGAUACGCAAAGCUUUCCAUGGACAUGUCUUUAUACGUAAACUAACUUUACAGCAAUAUCUCAUCACAUCUGUACAGCCUUGCUGCUUAGACUUUACCGUUCUGUCAUCAUUUCUAUAGAUAACCAGCUGAAAUGACAUUCUCUAUUAUGUGUAUCCCCAAUUUUUUUUUUUUUAAUUGCUUGCUUUAGACGUCAAGAUUUUCUAUAGUAUCUGACUAAUUUAAAUGAUGAUUGCGUUUUGUAUGAAGGUGGAUGUUCCUUGCACACAAAAUAGAUGACUAAAGCACAUUACACUAAUAUAUCUAUGUACAAAUCUCAGUAAUGUCUGUGCCACUAUUAAAAUAUUCUGCAAUAUUUUUAUGUAACCAUACUGAAACUGCUUUGUUAUAAAACAUACAAAACAAUUUUUAAACCUAUUCUAUGAAA